GUCACAUGCAGACAGUCCCUGCCUCUACUCAGAGCCUCCUCCCCUGUUAGGGAGCGUUUAUAAAAACCCCUAGGGCAGAACAGACAGACACGUUCCAAGUCAGUCGGACAUACAGACGGCCACAGACAGCUCCUUCUCUAAAAGUCAGGAUGUCCAUCACCAAGAUUCAUGCUCGGGAGAUUCUGGACUCCAGAGGAAACCCAACAGUGGAGGUUGACCUGUGGACAGCCAAAGGUCUGUUCAGAGCUGCAGUUCCCAGCGGAGCGUCAACUGGUGUUCAUGAGGCCCUGGAGCUCCGUGAUGGAGAUAAGAGUCGUUACCUGGGCAAAGGUACAUUGAAAGCUGUGGAACAUAUUAACAAGGACAUCACCCCCAAACUGAUCGAGAAGAAGUUCAGUGUCGUGGAGCAGGAGAAGAUUGACAAGUUCAUGCUGGAGUUAGACGGAACUGAGAACAAAUCUAAGUUUGGUGCUAACGCCAUCUUGGGCGUGUCUCUCGCUGUCUGUAAGGCCGGAGCAGCAGAGAAGGGUGUUCCUCUGUACCGCCACAUUGCUGACCUCGCUGGACACAAAGACGUCAUACUGCCCGUUCCUGCCUUCAAUGUCAUCAAUGGAGGAAGUCAUGCAGGAAAUAAACUGGCCAUGCAGGAGUUCAUGAUCCUUCCAGUCGGAGCUUCCAACUUCCAUGAGGCCAUGAGAAUUGGCGCUGAGGUCUACCACAACCUGAAGAACGUCAUCAAAGCCAAAUACGGCAAAGACGCCACCAAUGUGGGUGAUGAGGGAGGCUUUGCCCCCAACAUCCUGGAGAACAACGAGGCUUUGGAGCUGCUGAAAACUGCCAUUGAAAAGGCUGGCUAUCCCGACAAGAUCAUCAUUGGCAUGGAUGUGGCAGCCUCAGAGUUCUUCCGCAGCGGAAAGUAUGACCUGGACUUCAAGUCCCCUGAUGACCCAUCCAGACACAUCAGCGGAGAGAAACUGGGAGACCUUUACCGCAGUUUCGUCAAGAACUACCCUGUCCAGUCCAUUGAGGAUCCAUUCGACCAGGACGACUGGGAACAGUGGGCCAAGUUCACCGCCUCUGUGGACAUACAGAUCGUAGGAGACGACUUGACAGUGACCAAUCCCAAGAGGAUCCAGCAGGCUGUGGACAAGAAGGCCUGUAACUGCCUGCUGCUUAAAGUCAACCAGAUCGGCUCUGUGACUGAGUCCAUCCAGGCGUGUAAGCUGGCUCAGAGCAGCGGUUGGGGAGUCAUGGUCAGUCAUCGUUCUGGAGAGACAGAGGACACUUUCAUCUCCGACCUGGUGGUUGGACUGUGCACUGGACAGAUUAAGACUGGCGCGCCCUGUAGAUCGGAGCGUCUGGCCAAAUACAACCAGCUGAUGAGGAUCGAGGAGGAGCUCGGCGACAAGGCCAAGUUUGCCGGAAAAGACUUCCGCCACCCCAAAAUCAACUAAAUCUCCACUCUGUUGCCGUGACAGCCGACUGACAGCAGCUAACACACCAACACCCUUGCCACACACACAAAGAUGAGGCGGGGGAUGAAAGGUCAGAGGGUGCACUGGGUUUGACCUUGCACUCCAAGCAAUAAUUCCAUUCAUGAAGUUUUCUACACUGAACAAAAAUAAUUCAAUAAAGACAAGCCCUCGUAGGCCGUCUCUGUAUGUGACCUGCUUCCUGUUACCACAAACAACCACUGCUUUGACACAGGAUGUGAUGUCACUGCCUCUGAAUUUGCUGGGACUCCUUCCUGUUUUCCUAUCAUGGAGAUCACACACCUAAGUCUCCACUGCAUUACCAUGGCCAUUAAAAUAAAGUGAAGUGCAUCAUUUCA